AUGACGACUCUACUUCUCAGAUUAAUCACUCUCUUAAUCAUCUUCCCUCUCCACCAAUCACGCCCCUCAAAGUCACCAACCCCCACCACAAUCCAACUCCCUCUCCCUCCUACCACCACCAUCCUCGUCACCGACUUCGGCGCCACCGGAGACGGCAUUCACUACGACACACAAGCAAUCCAAUCAGCAAUCAGCUCCUGCCCCUCCACCCCACCAACCAAAACAUGCCACGUCACCUUCCCACCUGGGACCUACCUAACAGCAACCAUCCACUUAAAGUCCAACGUCGUUCUAAACAUCCAAGAAGGAGCAACCUUGUUAGGUGGCACAAAAUUGGAGGACUAUCCAAAAGAGUUUAAUAGAUGGUAUGUUGUUUUAGCGGAGAAGGUGAGUGAUGUAGGGAUAACUGGAGGUGGGGUUGUCGAUGGUCAAGGAUUGAAGUUUGUGAAGAGGUUUAAUGUAAGAAAGAAUGUGAUGGUGAGUUGGAAUUCUACUGGAGCUUGCUUGGGAGAUGAGUGCAGGCCAAGACUGGUUGGUUUCAUUGGGUGUACAAACGUCAAGGUUUGGAAUGUCAGGUUAAGCGAACCUGCUUAUUGGUGUUUGCACAUAGUAGGGUGCCUUAAUACAUCCAUUUUUGACGUUUCCAUAUAUGGUGACUUUAAUUCACCUAAUAAUGAUGGGAUAGAUAUAGAGGAUUCAAAUAAUACGCUUAUUACAAGAUGUCAUAUUGAUACCGGAGAUGAUGCUAUUUGUCCAAAGACGUACACUGCUCCGCUUUAUAACUUGACCACAACCGACUGUUGGAUUCGAACAAAAUCUUCAGCAAUCAAGCUUGGCAGUGCUAGUUGGUUCGAGUUCAAGGGUCUGGUGUUUGACAAUAUCACUAUUGUAGAUUCUCACAGGGGACUAGGACUGCAGAUACGUGAUGGAGGAAAUGUAAGUGACAUCACCUUCUCAAACAUAAAUAUUAGCACAAGAUACUAUGACCCAUCUUGGUGGGGGAGAGCAGAGCCUAUUUAUGUGACAACCUGUCCGCGAGACUCAAGUUCGAAAGAGGGCUCUAUAUCUAACCUACAAUUCAUCAACAUAACAGCGAAUUCUGAAAAUGGUGUAUUCUUGUCAGGCUCUAAAGGUGGCCUACUGAGCAAUCUGAAAUUCAUUAACAUGAAUCUGAAUUACAGAAGAUGGACAAAUUAUCCAGGUGGGUUAGUAGACUACAGACCUGGAUGCCAGGGUCUUGUAAACCACAGUGCAGCUGGGAUCAUCAUGGAACAUAUAGAGGGGUUCGAGGUUGAGAAUGUAAAUAUGAGAUGGUCUAAUUAUCACAAUGAGCUGUGGGAUAAUCCUUUGGAUUUCAGGCCUUGGACAGUAAAUAACAUUUCUCUACUCAAUUUCCGUUCUGGUUUGUAUAAACAAAUGAAAUAG